UAGAGUGGUCACUCGGCUCUCUUGUCAAUAUUAUAAAUAAUCUUCACUUUAGGUCAUGUGUAUGAGUGGGCUCGUCUUUAAAUGACCCGCCUAGUUCCUGUUGAAAUUCUAAAUGUGAUUGGCUACGCUCUGUGAGGGUGGAUUUCACUGACGCAUUCCGUUUGGAACAAUAAAUAGAGCGAACCAGGCUCCUUCCAGUUCACAAGUCUGAGAAGACGCAUGAAGAAGUUCUUGCUUCAACAGUGAUUGAACGGAACUCCUCUGCCUUCAUCCCUCAUCAUAGAACAUUCCGGAUUGUUGACAUAGCACUUUCUUGAACUUUAAUAACAAAAUAGUCGAAGAAACUCUAUUUUUGUACCGUUCAUUUAGACCUUAAAGAAAAUCUGCCAAAAUGGAGUCUCAGAUCCGCCAGAACUAUCACCACGAUUGCGAAGCUGCUAUCAACCGGAUGAUCAACUUGGAGAUGUUUGCUUCCUACACAUACACUUCAAUGGCUUUCUAUUUCUCCCGUGACGAUGUGGCUCUGCCAGGUUUCGCGCAAUUCUUCAAGGAGAACAGCGACGAGGAGCGGGAGCACGCCGACAAGCAACUCUCCUUUCAGAACAAGAGAGGUGGACGCAUUUUACUCCAGGACAUCAAGAAGCCAGAACGUGAUGAGUGGGGCAAUGGGCUGGAGGCCAUGCAGUGUGCUCUGCAGCUGGAGAAGAAUGUGAACCAGGCCCUGCUGGACCUGCACAAGAUUGCCUCUGACAAGGUUGACCCCCAUCUGUGUGACUUCCUGGAGACCCAUUACCUGAAUGAGCAGGUGGAGGCCAUUAAGAAGCUGGGAGACCACAUCACCAACCUCACCAAGAUGGAUGCUGUCAAAAACAAGAUGGCAGAGUACCUGUUUGACAAGCACACCCUGGGAGGCCAGAGCUAAACCACUUCCAUCCCCAGGCUACGGCCUCCAGCCUCAGACCAGGACUCCUGGCUUUGCAUUUAUCAGGAGGGAAGAGUGUUGAACUGGUGCAUUGUGACAUUUCUGUUGACAACACUACUGUAUUUUGGAGGCAAGGCUUCUUGUAAAACAAUAAAAAAAUAUCACUGAG